UCUUUGUCCGUUCAGGAAUGGAAAGCAUUAUGUACUUCAAAGCACAGUAAGCCCGAUUUGAAAAUAUAGUUUGUGCUUGUGUUACUGUGGCUGUUGGGUGGGACUUGAAGCCGCACAAGGCACAUGGAUGCUUUGUGUGUAAAUAGUACAGCAGACGACACAAGCCAGCAAGAGCAAACGAUACUAGCAACUUUGAUAAGCCCAUUCAUAAGGAAGGAGCGUCUGUCUUUUAAGUUCUCAGGAACAACUGGGAUAUGAUUCCUCAUUUUAAUCAGGGUUUUCUUCCUGAACUAAACUGCAAAAACAGAGGACUUGAGUAGCACAUUUCACUUGCACAGAGCAGCGUUUGUUCAUUUUGAGUGUUUUUGGACAGGAAAUCGAUCUACAGGGUAACACUCACACACACAAAAGAAACAGUAUGGGACGAUGGCUUGCCACUUCAAGUGACUCUGUUUUGGACAUUACGGACAAGAAACCUCGGAGGAAGAACAGCGUAAAAGAUCAAAAGCAUGACAACUCCUGAUGAAAACAUCUCCAAAUGAUGAACCCACGAGUGAAGAGGAACUUCUACCUGGCGGCCCCUGACUUGCUGGAUCCCAAGUCUGCCGCUCAGAACUCCAAACCGAGGCUCUCCUUCUCCGCAAAACCCACCGUGCUUGCUUCCCGGGUGGAGACUGACACGGCCAUUAAUGUUAUGAAAUGGAAGACGGUCUCCACGAUUUUCCUGGUGGUCGUCCUCUACCUGAUCAUUGGAGCCACUGUGUUCAAGGCAUUGGAGCAGCCUCAGGAGAUUUCCCAGAGGACCACCAUCGUUAUCCAGAAACAGACCUUCAUAGCCCAGCACGCCUGCGUCAACUCCACCGAGCUGGACGAUCUCAUUCAGCAAAUAGUGGCAGCAAUAAAUGCAGGGAUUAUCCCCUUAGGAAACAGCUCCAAUCAAGUUAGUCACUGGGACCUCGGAAGCUCUUUCUUCUUUGCUGGUACUGUUAUCACAACCAUAGGAUUUGGAAACAUCUCCCCACGAACUGAAGGUGGAAAAAUAUUCUGUAUCAUCUAUGCCUUGCUGGGAAUUCCUCUCUUUGGUUUUCUGUUGGCUGGGGUUGGCGAUCAGCUCGGGACUAUAUUUGGAAAAGGAAUUGCCAAAGUGGAAGACACGUUUAUUAAAUGGAAUGUUAGUCAGACCAAGAUUCGCAUCAUUUCCACCAUCAUCUUCAUCCUGUUCGGCUGUGUCCUCUUUGUGGCUCUUCCCGCCGUCAUAUUCAAGCACAUAGAAGGCUGGAGCGCUCUGGACGCCAUCUAUUUUGUGGUUAUCACCUUGACAACCAUUGGAUUUGGUGACUAUGUGGCAGGUGGAUCGGACAUUGAGUACCUGGACUUCUAUAAGCCUGUUGUGUGGUUCUGGAUCCUCGUUGGGCUUGCAUACUUUGCUGCUGUUCUGAGCAUGAUUGGAGACUGGUUGCGGGUGAUAUCUAAGAAAACAAAGGAAGAGGUGGGAGAGUUCAGAGCACACGCUGCUGAAUGGACAGCCAACGUCACAGCCGAGUUCAAGGAGACACGGAGGCGGCUGAGCGUGGAGAUCUAUGACAAGUUCCAGCGGGCCACAUCUGUGAAACGGAAGCUCUCCGCAGAGCUGGCCGCGAACCACAGCCAGGAACUGACUCCUUGUAGGAGAACCCUGUCCGUGAACCACCUGACCAGUGACAGGGAAGUCUUGCCUCCCUUGCUGAAGGCCGAGAGCAUCUAUCUGAAUGGCCUGACCCCUCGGUGUGCUGGUGAAGAGAUAGCUGUCAUUGAGAACAUGAAGUAGCUCCCUUCUGGAAGAGUCUGAGGUGUAGCCAUCGGGGAGGGCUUCUCUAGGCUCUUUGUGACUGUUGCUGGUAGCAUUUAAACAUUGUGCAUGACAGAGCUGAAAGGAAAAGCCAAUAGAUACACCCAACUGGUCACCUUACAUCCAGGGAGUGUGGAGUCCUGAGGCAGCACUCUGGGGAGGCUUGUGAGCCAUCCACUGAGUGGCGAGUGAUGGACAGGCAGUGUCCGAUGCCUUUUCGUGCCCAGACUGUUUCCCUCCCCCUUUUUCCUAACGUGCCAUAAGGCCUCUGAAUGAAUUGGAAUGCUUUGGUAGCCAUGUAGCUUGGAGGGAUCAGCCCUUGACUUUUCAGGGUUCACCUAACUGAGCCUGGAUAUGGACCACUUAGGGAUGACAACAUUUCUUUUUGUAAAUGGCAAGAAAUUCUUAUGCAGCCUUUUACCUAAGAAAUUUUCUGUCAGUGCCUUAACUUACGAAGAAACAGGACCCUCUCUAGUGGGCUUGUGGUUUCCCCUCCCUGCCCCCACCCUAGGCUGACCUCUGCUGGUUCUUAUUCUCACCCCCCACCCCCACCCCACCCUACCCCCGCAUACCGUACCCUGCUGGAAGCGAUGUGUAGCUUGACAGGAGAAAGAGAUGCCCACCACAGGCACAGCAGCAACACUCAGGAGCUCUGGCGUCACAAGGACCACAGAGAAGGGAGGUCAGAGAAGGCCCUCUGAGUAUUUAUUUGACUGGGGUACCAAUGGUACAUCUAUAUAUAUGUACAGAGUAAUAAUUACCAGGCCGGUAACAUCGGCUGCUUCUACACAGCCCCCCUUUUCCUGGCAGUAUUUGGAGUUUAUCAUUUAUUAAUAACUAGUCAUUUUUAAAGGCAGAAGAAGUGAGCACAUACAUCUAUAAUCUGAGCGAUUUAAUAGAAGAAAGCUGUCCCGACUGAUAUCACAAGGUGAUUUCAAACAGUUGGUAUGAAUUCAUUCUGAUGAAAAGAAAAUAACGAAGCCAUGGAUGUGUAUUUGCUAGUAAAUAGCUCACUGCCAGCUUGGAAUAGCCCAUGAGGUAUGGAAGGCUUACACCCUUUUCUUUCCUUGAGUGGUUCUUGCCAAAUUGUAGGGUGGGGUGGUGCCCAGGAAGAGGGGGUGCAGCCCCAGCCACCCUCGGGUCCGUCUGCCGAGGUGACUUGGUGUGAGCACAGAUGCUGGACUGGGGAUCACUGUGACUUUUGCACAUGGAAUGAUGCUGACUGCCAACCUACAUCAUCUCUAACAGUAGAGAAAAUGCUGAGGAGCACAAUUUAAAUCCCCAGAGUUAUUUUUUUUUAAGAUAAGAGAAGGCUGAUAAUCCAUUUAAUUUAAAUUUAUAUCCUAUAAUUCUUUUGGCUGUUUCAAGAUUCAGAAAAAUUUUAGUAUCUGCAUCUUGUAAACUGCUCCCCUUUCCUUUAUUUUCAUACUUACAUCUACUGUACACUGUAUAUAUAAUUUUUAAAGUGCAGAAGGAAAAUGAUUCCUCUACAUGUAAUUGCAAAACUGAUUUCCUUUUGGGGGAGGGAUUGGCAUAUGUGAACAGGUGGCAUUCAGAUUAAAGUCUUAAGAAAUAAACCCAGGAUCUUAAAAAAAAUCAAAGAUUCAUAUUUUCCAAAAUUUGAAUUUAAGCUAGAAAUGUAAAUAUCCAGUUAGCUUGCAGAGAGUACUUUUAUAAAUCCACAAAAGUUCUAACCAAAAUUUUAGCAAGUUGGGCUCCUUUACAGAGAAAGCUACACCACCCAUUUCCUCAAUCACCGUUCUGAAAGCUGAUAUGGUGGGACGCGCCACGUAAAAACUGUGAACCGGGAGGACAAAUAAAGUUUGUAAUUAAAGUCGGA